GAGUACAUAGUGCAGAGGGAGUGCAGCGUGGUCGUUAGAGAUGUUUAUCAGGCUACACAGAUUUUGCCGCAGAAAACAUAGUCGCAUUAGACUUCUUUUCUUAAUAGGAAUCUUUAGUUUACUAUCUUUUGCCUUAGUUUUCCGAAAACUUUCGACUACAGAUAACGUUGCCACAGUUGAAGAAGGCAGUGCAAGACAUGUACAGGACGCCAAAAUCAUAUUAACCAAAGAGAAAGAUGGCAAUAAGAGUAUUGCUUGCAAAGUUCCCGUCCUGGAUCCAUUUCAUCCCAGCGUGGUUCAGUUUAUGAAAGAUGUUGGCAAACUUCGUUGCGAAGGAGUGAGCUUUUCGAGUUUUGACAACAAUCUCCUUCGAGUUCAAGGUCAAGGCAUCAUUUCAGCGCAGUACAGAAAGAUUUUCAGAACUUCUGGAGAUGACUUCGGCGUUGUUUUGUCGGACCCCUUACAAAUUCAAAACGAAAUAAGCGAAAAGAAAGGUGUUUUUAAUGGAAGUGCAGCAGUUGAUCACGAUUUUAUCCGAGUCGAUGUCGUCUUGUCUUCGGGAGAGACGAAAAGUGACGUACACAUGCACGUGUUUCCUAAAAAGGAAGUUCUCGAGCGGAAGCGGCAGCCUAGUGGUCUCCCAUUAAGUGUUGCAAUGAUUAUGUUUGAUUCCACCUCGACUGCCAAUUUUCGACGAAAAUUGCCAAACAGCUGGGAACACUUGACUAAGAAAUUAAACUCCAUUUUGAUGCAAGGAAGGACAAUCGUUGGGGAUGGAACCACUUCCCAGCUGGUUGCGAUGUUUACUGGUUUACCGGAGAGAGUGCAACAGGAAGCUCGAAAAAGAAUAAGUUCAUCAACAACUGUCGAUAACUGGCGGUGGGUUUUUAAGAACUUUACAGAUAAAGGUUAUGCCACUUGUUUUUCAGAAGAUACGCCACAUUCUGCAGCUUUCAAUUAUCGCUUGAAGGGUUUCCGAGAUCCUCCUACAGACCAUUUCAGCCGACCAUUCUGGUUGGAGGCGGAAAAAUUUUGGAGGAAGCAUUGUAUCAACAGCAGAGCAUCUCAUAAUGUGUCUUUUGAAUAUUUGUUGAGCUUCUUUCGCAGAUACAAGAAUCGACCAAAGUUUGUGUUCUCGUCGCACGGUGCAAUUUCUCAUCAAGACAUAAACACGAUUGGCUACGUAGAUGAAGAUCUGAAAACAUUUUUGGAAAGGUUUGAGGAAGAGUCUUUCCUUAAUAGCACUAUGCUGAUUAUUUUCGGAGACCAUGGUGCGCGGUUCUCAAAUUUACGGAAAACGCUUCAAGGUAAACUGGAAGAGAGACUUCCAUUUACGUCGAUUACUUUACCAAAAUGGUUUCAUGAAAAGUACCCAGACCUCUACAAUAAUCUCGUUCACAAUUCCCGCGCUCUUUCGUCACCCUUCGAUGUAUAUGCAACGUUACGUCAUAUUCUGUCAUACCCCCAGUAUCCAAGCGGGAUUGCCACGGGCCAGAGCCUUUUUCACCGAAUUGAAAAGGCAAAUCGUACAUGUUCAAGUGCAGGUGUGGCAGAUCAUUAUUGCCCUUGCCUUGACCUAGAAGCUGCGUCAGUUGAUGAGCAGGUGGUCAAAGAGAUAGCGGCUUCCGUGGUUAACUAUAUAAAUAACAAGACGUCGCAAACCGAUGAAUUAUUGAAACUGUGCCAGCGUUUAGAGUUAAAGGAGAUCAAAAGCGCUUUCCGGGAGAUGCCGAAGGACGCCAUGCAAAGAUUUAAAGACUCAAAGCACGCCAGAGAUGACAGGUGUGACAGCUGCGAAGCGGUGUUCGGCCAAAAGGCUGAGAACACUCUUGCCAAGGACACUUUAUAUCAGAUACAAUUAGUUACAUUUCCAAACAAAGGAUUUUAUGAAGUCUCUGUCAGAUUGAAGAAAGGAGUUCCUUCAAUUACAGCAGAAAUAAGUCGAAUUGACGCUUAUAAAGACCAAGCGAACUGCAUCGCGCGCACCUACCCCUUACAUCGUAAGUAUUGUUAUUGUUCGACCACCUCGUCUUCCUAAGGGAAAGAAGAAAUGUUUCUUAAUUUUGAGGUACUUGACUACCUGUAAAAACUGCAACCUUCAAUCAAAGAUAUCACAGAAUAGUCCUUUUUACAGUUCUGGGCUUGGCGGCCAAGCAGUUGAACAGAAGUGAGGCUUAGGGUGACCUUGUUAUGAUAGAGAUAUUGCUGUUUUUAAAUGCAAAUUACU